UUUUCAGGAGUAUAUGAUGGCUGGAGAAAAGACGUCUCCUGCUAAUUUGCAGAUUUUGAACCAAGGACUAGCGGACAGAACAUUCCUAGCUGGAGAAAAUAUUACCUUCGCAGAUUUCCUACUGUUUCACAGUAUACAGUUUGUUAUAAAGGAAUACAGUUUUCAAGAGAAGGAGAAUAUUGCUCAUGUUUCCAGAUGGUUUGGACACGUUCAGACUCUGCUCAAUUCAAACCUUACUGUUCUUUUCAGCAGAACAGUUCUUUAUUAAACAUAUUUUUUAUUUCAAUAAAAAAUCAAUCUUGAA